AUGUCAUCUCCAAGCCCUGAGACGAAGCCCGAUAUCACCGCCGACAACGCUGAAACCCAAACCCCUCCGCCUCACAAGAAAUCUCCUAACAAGAAGAAGACUUGCUCCCACUCCACCUCCGUCAAGGACGAAAUCCUCGGCUCUCCCUCCAAAGAGAAAAGUAAGGGCAAGAGCAGGAACAUCGAGCAGGACAAGGACCGUGUGAAGGAGAUGAGGAGGAUCGCUUUGGAGACUCUUUUCGGGUAUGGGGUACGGGGAGAGACUAUGAGUAACAUCGCCGCCAAAAGCGGGUUGAGCAAACAACAAGUCGGAGAUCUCUUCCGGACCAAACGUGCGCAUAAUUACCGGGACAAGAUCAUGACGAUGUUCGAAUCGGGAGGGAUAUGA